AUGCGCACGCGCGUACGAGGCAUGAGUCACUAUUGCUCAUUUCGACCGACUCCAACCCCCGAGCUUGAGUCUUCACCGACACCGUACGGCUCCCUCUCCUUCCCUGGCCCUGGGUUGCUCCACAGAAUGGGUGCGUGGAUUGACGGGCCGUGUGCGCACGUUGCAACCGCAUCUCACGUCCACGCGCUGUCCAAAGGGAAGUUAAAUUACGGUCACGUCCACUUUUGCCCACGAACGGCGUCAGAUGCUUCCCGAGUUUUGUGUGCGGGCAUUUGCCCCACCAUGGGGGGUAAACGGCGUUGUAUAUAUCCUCCUACCCGCUUCGCAGUGUAG